CUGGGUUCCCUGAAUUGCACACAUGUGCACCGGAGGCCCAAACACCAGUUGGGGGGGUGCGCGCAUGCGCAGCUGAGUUAGGUGACAGCUCGCGUGCCCGGAAAAAUGGCUCUGUGUGCCACUUCCGGCACGCAUGCCCUAGGUUCACCAUCACGGCCCUACACCAUUUCUGACGAGUGGUUUUCCAAUCUCUUCUUAAAAGCCUCCUGUGACGGGGUACCCACAACCUCUGGAGGCAAGUUGUAUGACUGGUUAAUUGUUCUCACUGUCAGAAAAUUUCUCCUUUGUUCCAGGUUGGAUCUCCUUGAUUACUUUCCAUCCAUUGCUUCUUGUCUUGCCUUCAGGUGCUUUGGAAAAUAGAUUGAAAUCCCCCCCCCCUCACUCUUCUUUGUGGCAGCCCCUCAAAUAUUGGAACAGUGCUAUCCUGUCAUCCUUGGUCCUUUACUUUUCACUAGACUAGCCAUACUGAAUUCAUUCAGCCAUUCAUCAUAUGUUUUAGCUUCCAGGCCCCUAAUCAUGUUUGCUGCUCUUCUCUGCACUCUUCCCAAAGUUAGGCUGGUGCUUUCGGCUUCGUGCUUGACCAAAACUGGAUGCAGUAUUCCAAAUGUGGCCUUAGGAAAUCUUUGUAAAGUGGUACUAGUGCUUCACGUAAUCUCGAGUCUCUCCCUCUGUUAAUGCAACCUAGGAUUGCAUUGGCUUUUUUGGUAGCCACCGCACACUGCUGGGCUCAUAUUUAAAUGACUGUCCACCAGGACUCCAAAAAUCCUCUCACAGUUUCUGCUAUUGAGCCAGGUUUCACCCAAUCUCUACCUGUACUUCUGGUUUUUCUUGCCUACAUUGAAUUUCAUUUUGUUAGAUAGAGCCCAGUGUUUCAGUCCUUGGUCCAAUUAGGCAAACUGCCAAAGGCCUUUCUUGGCAAACGUUCAGAAGUCACCAAAACAAAAAUAAAUGCAAGACAUGGAUGAAGACGACGACGAAGCUACCAACAUUGUGUUCCGGCAAAGCUCAAACGCCGUUGCUGGUCUGUUUUAAGCCUUAUGGGAGGGGCCAAUCAUAUCUUGGCCCUACUCCAGAGUGGUCCUCUUUGCUUGAGCUGCUCUUGCCUUCUGGCAGCUCUUCUCAUGCGUGUAUUAGGAACAGGCUCCUCCUGUUCCUCUGCCUCACUACUAUCAAUCUCUGGAGGCUCUGGAGUCCGCAUCUCACUCCCCGAUGGCCCUGGCCCCGCCUCUGCCUCAUCGCUAUCCGACUCCAUUGCCAGCUCCGCAGGCUGCUGGCGGACCACAGCAAUUUGCUGGUUCUCCAAACUGCUCAAAAUUUCCGCUACCCGUUCUCCAGAACCUGUCAAAGCCUUCUGGAUUUCACCCCUGAUCUUGAGCCUAUCUGGGGUAUUGGCUAUUCCUGCCAGCUUCGUAACGUCUUGAGGGAGUUGAACUCCACAGAUCUUAAAAGUUGUGACGGUUAUAAAACGCUGCGUUAGGGUAUUAAAGUCAAAUAAAGAAUGUCGUGGCUUGGUUUGCUGGAUCUCCAUUUUUCCAAAGCUUCUGCCUGAAUGGAUUUACAAAGCCACAAAAGGGCACUGAUCAGAAUUGUUCCUUUUCAAACUGCUCUUUUAAUCUUCGCAACACUUGGAUCGCUCUAUCAAACCUCAAUGCUCGGUAAAUCAGGCGGAAAAUGGAUUUGGCUCUCCAUCUGCUUUCCAGCCUUUUUAAAACCAGGAACUUUUUUAAAAAUUGCUUUCGCACAGUUUCCUCCUUCAGUUUCAUGCCCACGUCUCGUCUUUUUAAAAGAUUUUUCUGCUUUUGGGUCAUAAGACCUGGUACCUUCCUGACAGUCGAAAUCAUCAGUAGAUGAAAUGUAAGAGACAGCUGGGCAUUAAAGUGUGCGGAUAUUUCUGAGCGGUGCCCAGUUUUAACAUGAUUGGGAGAUACACGCAUCCUUUCACUUACCAAAUUUGAAAUACCAUGAGGGCAGUGAAGCGUGUGCAUGAGUUAUGAAGAGAAAGAGGGAAAAAAAACCUUGAAAAAGAUGUAGGAAAAGCUACUCCUAUCAAAGCACCUGAAGGCAGGACAAGAAGCAGUGGAUGGAAAUUAAUCAAGGAGAGAAGCAACCUAGAACUAAGGAGAAAUUUCCCGACACAACAGUUGAGAACUGAAAAAUCCCGUGUCUUGAUUAUUUUUAUUCAAAAUAUUUAAAAUACAAACUUCCUCAAAAAACGUUGGUUAGACUGUUUACUGUUUGGUUGUUUGUGUUGGUAAUUCCUUGUUUACUUGAUUGUAAGCAAGUGAUAUACUUCAUACCCUAAUCACGGAAAUUACCAACAUAGACAAACAAUCAAUAGCGGGUUUCACUUUGCUACUGGUUCGGAACUGUGAGCGUGUGCACGCUUGCUUCGCUCGCACGCCCAGACCCUUCUGCGCAUGCGCAGAGCAUCCAUGAUAAUGUCUGGGCAGGUGGGCGGAGCCAGGGGUGAAAUCCAGCAGGUUCUGGAGAACUGGUAGUGGAAAUUUGAGUAGUGGGGUGGGAAUGGGGAUUUUGAACAGAGUGGGGUGGGAAUGGGGAUUUUGCAGUAUCCUUCCUCGAGUGGAGUGGGAAUGGAGAUUUUGCAGUAUCCUUCCCCUGCCACGCCCAACAAGCCAUACCACACCCACCAAGCCAAUGCCCACAGAACCGGUAGUAAAAAAAAUUGGAUUUCACCACUGGAUGGAGCCUCUCGCUGCCGUCGCUACCAGCUCAUCCCAACCGGUAGAAACCCACCACUGCAAACAAUCCCAACAGUUAAACAACAGCCUGAUCAAGGAACCACCAAUAUAUAAUUAGUGUCUAUAAGAAAAAGCAAAUUCCACUCCACUCCCUUUUAGGGCUGAUGAUAUCACUUAAUUAGGUAAUGAAAUAUCUGCAAGAAAAGCACCAAGCUCAGAAAAACACCAAGGACCCCACAGUCGCCGUCCUCCUCCGUUCCACACACCCCACUCCCAUCUAGCGCCGAUGAUGUUACCUAGUUGGGUAAUGAGAUGUCUGCAAGAAAACGACCAAGCUCAGAGAGCAUCAAGGACCCACACACAGUUUGACCCUGAACGUCAAACAUUCUCGUCUAUCUGUAAACAUGCAAUCUGGGUGUCAAGGCUGAACCUUACUGGUUUUCCAGCACCGGUCCUUUUAAAACAUCUUCGUACUGGAAAAAGUGCGCCGUGCCCUCAAGCUGUCCUUCCUUCUCUGAGGAGAGGUGGACCAUGUCCAAGCCUGACUCAUUUUGAAUGGCGUGGGAAGGAGGAACCCUCUAGAACUGAAGAAGCUUCUUGGAAGAGAAGUGAAACAUUUUCAAGGGGGGGGAAAAAAACCAAGGAAGUCCAGUGAACUACCUUUGGGACAACCAUAACAAGAGUUGGAAGGUAACCUGGAGGUUUUCUAGUCCAACCCCCUGCUUAGGCGGGAAACCCUACACCACUUCAGACAAAUGGUUAUCCAGCAACUUCUUAAAAACUUCCAGUGUUGGAGCAUUCACAACUUCUGGAGAGCUCUGUUCACCAGUAGUUGGAACAACUCCGAAAAAAAGAUAUAUAAUAUUCCUGGUAUUACCCCCGAUAUGAUGAAACUCAUUAUCGAAUACGCCUACACAAGGACAGUACCCAUUACCGUGGAUAAUGUGGAGAGGCUCCUGGUGGCCGCCGACCAGUUUAACGUGAUGGGUAUCGUCCGGGCCUGCUCCGACUUUAUGAAGUCUCAGCUCUGUUUGGAGAAUUGCAUCGGCAUCUGCAAAUUCACCGAGUAUUACUACUGCCCGGAGCUACGUCAGGCCGCCUACAUGUUCAUCCUGCACAACUUUGAGGAAAUGGUAAAAGCGUCUACUGAAUUCCUGGAGCUCUCAGUCAAUGAGUUUAAGGACAUCAUUGAAAAGGACGAACUCAACGUGAAGCAGGAAGACGCUGUCUUCGAAGCCAUUCUCAAGUGGAUCGCCCAUGAACCCCCCAGCCGGAAACAGCACAUGGCGGUCCUGCUACCGAAGGUCCGCCUGGCCUUGAUGCACGCGGAGUAUUUCAUGAACAACGUCAAAAUGCACGAUUACGUGAAGGACAGCGAGGAGUGCAAGCCCAUCGUGAUCGAUGCCCUCAAAGCCAUGUACGACCUCAACAUGAAUGGCCCUUCGAGUUCCGACUUCACCAAUCCGCUGACGAGACCCCGGCUUCCUUACGCCAUCCUAUUUGCCAUCGGCGGCUGGAGUGGAGGGAGCCCAACCAAUGCGAUUGAGACGUACGAUGCCCGGGCGGAUCGUUGGGUGAACGUGACUUGCCAGCAGGAGAGCCCACGGGCGUACCACGGAGCUGCCUACCUGAAAGGCUACGUCUACAUCAUUGGCGGCUUCGACAGCGUGGACUAUUUCAACAGCGUCAAGCGGUUUGAGCCCAUCAAAAAGACCUGGCACCAGGUGGCCCCCAUGCACUCCAGGCGCUGCUACGUUAGCGUCACCGUCCUCGAUAACUUCAUCUACGCCAUGGGUGGCUUUGAUGGCUACGUGCGCCUCAACACGGCAGAGAGGUACGAGCCCGAGACCAACCAGUGGACCUUAAUCGCUCCCAUGCACGAGCAGAGGAGCGACGCGAGUGCCACGACACUGUACGGAAAGGUUUACAUUUGUGGUGGUUUCAAUGGGAACGAAUGUCUCUUUACGGCGGAAGUCUACGAUGCCAAGGUGGAUCAGUGGAGCUUGAUUGCUCCCAUGCGAAGCAGGCGCAGCGGGAUCGGCGUGAUUGCAUAUGGGGAACACGUCUACGCGGUAGGCGGUUUUGACGGCGCCAACCGCCUGCGGAGCGCCGAGGCGUACAACCCGAUUGCCAACACCUGGCGCACGAUCCCGACCAUGUUCAACCCUCGGAGCAACUUCGGCAUCGAAGUGGUGGACGACCUGCUUUUCGUGGUGGGCGGUUUCAACGGCUUCACCACCACGUUCAACGUCGAGUGUUACGACGAGAAGACGGACGAGUGGUAUGAUGCCCAUGACAUGAGCAUCUACCGCAGUGCGCUGAGCUGCUGCGUGGUGCCGGGACUGCCCAAUGUCGGGGAGUACGCUGCCAGGCGGGACAACUACGUGGGGUCAUCCCAGAGAGACGAGGUCAAAUAUUCGUCCUCCACUAGCACACUCCCAGUGUGAAAAAAAAAUAAUCGCUCCUUGA